AGUAUACAAAGAAUAUGCGGAAACAAACUGUCUAUGUAAGUGUUCCUGAACCAAGAUGUUGAAAGUAAAGAAGGCAAUGGAGAAGGAGAACCAGAAGCGGUUUGUGCUCGUCCAUGGGCUUUGCCACGGCGCGUGGACUUGGUACAAACUGAAAACGCAGUUGGAGGCUGCAGGUCACUGUGUGACAGCAGUGGAUCUGGCUGCUUCGGGUAUAAACAUGACCAGAUUGGAUGAGAUUCAGACAUUGGUGGAUUACUCCAAACCCUUGCUUGAUAUUCUGAGCUCGCUUGGCUCGGAUGAAGACAAAGUGAUUCUUGUUGCUCAUAGCAUGGGAGGCAUACCCGUUGCCCUUGCUGCGGACAUCUUCCCAAGUAAGAUUGCUGCUAUUGUCUUCGUGACAUCUUUCAUGCCAGACACAAGAAACCCACCUGCUUAUGUUCUAGAAAAUCUGUCAAGUACUUCACAAAUGGACUGGUUGGACACUGUGACUGGAUUCUACGGGACACCUGAUCGUCUUCUACGGUUUUCUCUUGCGGGACCAAAGUCCAUGGCCAAAUAUGCCUAUCAGUUAUCUCCGCUUGAGGACCUUGUACUGGCGACCAUGUUGGUGAGGGUAAACCCGGUAGUUACAAACAAUCUGGCAGGGACAAAAAGCUUUAGUGAGGAAAGGUACGGAUCUGUUACGCGUAUCUACAUCAUAUGCGGAGAGGAUAAUAUGAUACCGGAGGAUUACCAGCGUUGGAUGAUCAGCAAUUUUCCUGUAAAAGAAGUAAUGGAGAUCAAAAAUGCAGAUCAUAUGGCAAUGUUCUCCAAGCCUCAAGAACUAUGUGCUCGUCUCGUGGGGAUUGCUAAUAAAUAUGCGUGAGAUAAACCUGUGAUUAUGGCUGCAAGUUAGUAUAAACAUUCAGCUUCCAUUACAAUUAUAAGCCAUAUGUUAGUCCGUUUUCGAUUUUACUAAA